CGUUCAGAAAUGGAUUUUGAGGCAGUUGCAAAAUACUCAGCAUUACAUCUGAAACCAGCUGGACUCACUCUUCAGUAUGGAACUGCUGGAUUUCGUACCAAGGCAGGGCAUCUUGAUCACAUCAUGUAUCGCAUGGGUUUGCUGGCAGUGCUAAGGUCCAUGAAGACCAAAUCUACUAUUGGAGUCAUGGUUACAGCAUCUCACAAUCCUGAAGAAGACAAUGGUGUAAAGUUGGUUGACCCACUGGGUGAAAUGUUGACCUCUGCCUGGGAAGAAUAUGCUACAUGUCUGGCUAAUGCAGAUGAGCAGGAAAUACAGAGCAUACUGACUGAGAUCUGCCAGAAAGAAGUGGUGAAUCUGCACCUACACGCCUCAGUUUUUAUUGGUAGAGACACCAGACCUAGCAGUGAGAAACUUUCACAAUCAGUAAUAGAUGGCGUAUGUGCUCUAGGUGGUCAAUAUCAUGAUUAUGGUCUGGUAACAACACCCCAGCUGCAUUACAUGGUCUGCUGUCAAAAUACUCAAGAGCACUAUGGGAAGGCAACAGUGGAAGGUUACUACCAGAAACUAUCCAAAGCUUUUGGGGAGCUGACAAAACAAGCUUGCAGCUCUGGAGAUGGCCAGAGGUACCUGAAGAUAGAUUGUGCAAAUGGUAUAGGAGCCCUGAAACUAAAGGAAAUGGAACAUUACUUUCCAAAGAACCUGUUAAUUCACUUAUAUAAUGAUGGGACCAAAGAGAAACUCAAUCAUUUAUGUGGUGCAGACUUUGUGAAAGUUCAUCAGAAACCACCUCUAGGGCUAGAUCUCAAGCCUAAUGAAAGAUGCUGCUCAUUUGAUGGAGAUGCGGACAGAAUUGUUUAUUACUAUAAUGAUACUGCUGGCCAUUUUCAUCUUCUGGAUGGAGAUAAAAUAGCAACUUUAAUUAGCACGUUCAUCAAAGAACUUCUUAUCAAGAUAGGACAAUCUCUAAAGAUGGCAGUGGUACAAACAGCAUAUGCUAAUGGGAGUUCUACACGUUAUCUUGAGGAAACCAUGAAGGUGCCUGUUCACUGUACCAAGACAGGAGUAAAGCAUUUGCAUCACAAGGCCCAAGAAUUUGACAUUGGAGUUUACUUUGAGGCAAACGGACAUGGCACAGUAUUAUUUACUAACGCUGCUGAAGAGAAAAUAAGACAUAUGGCAAAAGAAGAAAAAGACAACCAAAAAAGAGAAGCUGCAAAGAGGCUUGAAAAUACCAUUGACCUGAUUAAUCAAACCGUGGGUGAUGCCAUCUCAGACAUGCUAGUGAUUGAAGCAAUUUUGGCUCUAAAAGGUCUGACAGUGCAGCAGUGGGAUGCCAUUUAUGCAGAUCUUCCCAAUCGACAGCUCAAAGUUAAGGUUGCAGACAGACGAGUCAUUGACACAACAGAUGCCGAGAGACGUGCAGUUACACCUUCAGGACUACAAGAAAAAAUUGAUGAACUGGUAAAGACGUACAGACUGUCACGAGCUUUUGUCCGCCCAUCAGGAACAGAAGAUGUAGUUCGAGUAUAUGCUGAAGCAGAUACGCAGGAGAAUGCAGAUUCCCUUGCAUAUGAAGUAAGCCUUGCUGUUUACCAUCUAGCUGGUGGAAUAGGAGAACCACCCCAGCCUGUAUUUUGAAGGACACAGCAGUGGUCACACUAUGUAAACCUGGUUUCUUUGUUGAUUUCUACUUGAUUUAUUAAACCACCUAGGUUUUUUUUUUUUUUUAACAGGAAUAUUUUUGUACCUUAUCCUUAACUGGACACCUGUUUCUCAGAAAAUUGGGAGGGUUUUUAGCGAAUGUCUCUAACUUCUCAAUCUGGCUUGGAGCUUUUGCCAUGUAAAUGAAUUCAAUUCUAAUGUGCUUAUCUCUAUGCUAGAAACUUACUGUAUUGCUUGGGAUAGCAGAACACACCAGGACAUCUGUUGUGAAGCAGAUAUUUUUUUUUCCCCCUUGCACCUAAAGCAAUGGUUCUCAAAUUGUUGUCCACAGAGUACUAAUGCUUCGUGGCUGCCUUGUAGGUGGUCUGUGGUUCGAGGUUCAGGGCCCCUGCAGUGGGGAGCCUGCACUAGCGUUUCAGCCAUUUCUUCCUGCUGGGAGAGAGAGGCCCCAAGCUUCACUGCUGGAUCCAGGAAUAGCAGCACACAGAUGGGCUGCCAAAAUGACUGCCAGUGGGAUGCAGGGGCAGGCACUGAAAAGCUAAUGAGCUCCCUAUUCUCCUUAUGCCCUGACCUCAGGAGCAGUGAUGGCAGCAAUGUUUGAGUUAGAUUUGAUCAGCCUCGAACAAAACUAGCUCAGCUAACUGAAGCCCCAGCAGCCCAGGCAUUUCCCACACUACCUAACUCUUUACUAGUAAAGACAAGCACCUCUUUACUCAGCAUAAGCAUAGCUCCCUGGCUCAGUUCCCCCUCCCCCCAGCUCCAUAUCUCCCCCGUUUUCAACUCCCGGUCAGCAAAGCUGUAUCAGUGUCAUUCUUUCUCUCUUAAGUAUCACUGCCUGGGAAAGUGAACUACAUCUAGUAGGUGUGUGGAUUACACUAGACCAGUGCCAGUUCAACCAUUGCUCAGUAAAAGUGUCAGAGAAAUUGAGAACACAAAGAUAAACUGGAAACAAACUGAAAAAUGUGCACCUUGUAUUUUGUAGUUUCUUUUUAAAGACAAAACACCAACAAAACACAGAUACUGUAAAUAUUAGGCACCAUAAUCAAUAUGAGCCAACAAUAUUUAAACUUGAUUCAGGCCACGUCCAGAACUGGUCUCUUAUUUACAAAUAUUUAAAUUAAAUAUAACCUGAAUGUUCAUUACAUACAGAGUAAGAAAAGAAAUCUAUACAACUCUGAAAGAUACAGCAUUUCAUUUAAACAAUUACAUUACAUUUAAGCUGA